UAUAAUGAAAUUUCAUUCAUUGUGCGCAGGCGAAUUUUUUAUUCAACGUUGAUUACACGGUUUUCGGUUUUAAUGAUAAUUCGCAUCUAGUGGCCAUCAAGACGAACCAUUAAUCGGAGGCAGCAGGAAAUGACACACACCGCCAAAGAAAAUUUGAAACAACUUCUGAAAGAAACCGAUGAUAAGCCAGUUGCUCUCUGUAUCGAUAUCUGGAGCAGUCGUUCGAAACGGGGAUACCUUGGAAUGACGGUGCACUUCUUUGGACCGCCAAUGAAAACUUCGUCGACAUAUGCUGGCCUGCCCCCGAUUCAGCGCACACAUAAAGCCGAAGAUAUUUCCACUUUAGCAGUAGAAGUCAUUGCGGAAUGCGAAAUUAGAGAAAAGAUUGGCUUUGUUGUGUGGAUGUGUACGAAUAAAAACUACACUCAUCUUAUCAGUGAACAGCAUUCUUUAGCUCAUUGGCCUAACAUUAUCGUGUUACUAAGGGAUAAUUAUCGUGGUAGCAGGAAUAUCGCCGUGUACUGCUGUUGCACUACAGCGCCCUUUACUAUCAGACGGCGCUCUCGCUGCAUCCGCAGCCGUUAAUCGCGCUGUAUCCGCCGCUGCCUCCACCCCCGUCGUUGCCUGCCCAUAUUUCUGUGUUUGUCGGGAAACGUUUUGGAAAUGCGGCGACAGCAAGGUGAACUUGUGGCCGUUGGAUAACCAGCCCGGAGUCAUUGUGAAGGGAGUCAGUAUGCUGGAUAUGACCGGAUCGGAUGUUAAUGUGCUUCCCAAUUGGCCCCCAACGCACAAUUUUCCCGAUUUGCAGCUACUUUUCCUCUCCCUUACGGUAUUUGAUGGGUCCAGCCGCUGUCGAGAGUUGGAGUGCCUGGAAAACCUGGGUCUGCGCGUCAUUGCCAAUCGUUGCCCUGCAGGUUUGCGUAGCGGUUGUGGAUAUCCUCCAUGCUGCACGUGGACUACUGCAACGACACCCCCAUUUCGACCAGGCUGGAAGCCUAGCACGCCACCAUUUACAACUGUCACCGAAUCAUGGUCAACAACCACUCCUGCACGUGACAAGGAGUACAGCACGCGCGCCAUGACUCCCGCAGGCGGUGAUGAUAGCGGUGCCGAAACACGGCGUGGGAUGGCAUUAGACCAGUUUGCCACAGCAGGAAUCAGCGUUGGUGUUAUCAUCUUCGUUGUUAUAAUCGUGAUCUGUGUCCUGUGGAAACGCGGCUUCCGGCUAGGUCGAGUGAGCGGUGUAGGAGCAGCCAGCGGCGGUGGCGCUAACGUCAAUCCCAACAACCGGAACAACAACCCUCGCGUACCACCCCAGCAAGAUUCUGCCUUCACUCCGAUCUUCAAUCGAAGUCGCCCACUCCGCCCACAGCAGAAUCAUAGUUUCUCACCGACAUUCAGCACAUCUCGCCCGCGACAUAUGCCUACGCCUCGCUCCAGUCCAUUGGCAUUCCUCUUCUCGCGGCAGCAGCGGCCUCCCACCGACGCCCCACCACCACCACCACCACCACCGGCUCAACAACAUGAAGCCGUGAUGCACUAUAAUCCCGAAUAUAACGGUCUGCCGGGGAACGAGGAGGUGAAUGGUCGCGCUGGCGGCAUGGCCGGCGGCCCUGGAGACGACAGAAUCUAUCAGAAUGUCGAGCUGAAUAUUGUUCCUAACCGGGAGGAAUGCCGCGGAUCGCGGAAUCUGUUGGACUUUGGGCUCGACAGCAGCAACAACAGCAGCAACAAUUUGGCUAGUCACCAAGGGAUUUCUGCGGACAAUGAGGAAGAGGAAACAGCGAACAGACGACUUCACCGGAAUUCUUCCUACUCGACACAUUCCGGGUCUCCAUCGGCGCCGCUCCGACACGACACAUCUUAUCGCGUGAGCGCUGAAGGAUACCGUCUGCCGUCACAGUUGGCUAGAUCCCAAGAUCGGAGCAGUAUCAGCGGUGUCCACGGAAUGGAAUCGAUCGAGGAGCAGCAGGAUGAUGCUCCCGAUGUUUAUCCACCAUCCAGUGGUGUGGCUGAUGGUGAAGAAGAAAUGUGGGAGGAAGACGAUGUGGGUGAUGACGAUGCCGCCAAUUUUGAGAGUGAAGCUGGUGAGCACGGCCAUGACGGCGGCAGCGGCGGUAUGGACGAUGGUCGCAGCUACGAUUUUCCCCCGCCACCGUCUGACGAAGCACUCCCGCCGCCUGGACGCUCAGGACGUGGAGGACGCCGACGACGAAACGGUGGAGGUGGUGCUCGGGCAUGGGGGCGCGAAGUUGGACGCCGCCUGGAACGGCACGGUGAAUAAAUGUCAUCGUAAACGAUUUUUUUCUCGUGAAAUUUUCGGAACACUUUUGUUAGUCUUUUUGGAAUUGAAAACAAUCGACUGUUAACAUUUUUUAUUGUGGAAUCAUUGGCAAAUUUUUUAGUUUCUGUUCACAGCACUUUUUACAUAACGGAUGACGAUGAAAUAUGAACGUGAUUAUAGUUUUUGG